UAGCUCCACCAGCUCUCCGGCGAUAAGCUGUCAACCUCGCCCAGCCUGUCUCUCGCACAAGACGCGCGGGAACGGUGUUGCUGUCCCUUUCCUUUGCCGUAUAUGACGUUUGACGCAGGCAAUGAGAAGCCCACCGGCGCCAUGGCCAACGAGCACACGCCGCUGAUCCAGACAGUCCAAGUCCGGCCUUACGUGCGCGACCGCUAUCCCCACCACCGCCUGCGCUUCUGGUGCACCUCGGUCCUGUCCACGAUAGUCCUGGUCGGAGGCUUCGUCGCCGUUGUCCUCUUCAGCUUCGACUGGAAGUCAGACAGCCACGUGCCGGCCGUCCUCGAACGCGCGCACUCACAGAAGAUUGCUGAGGCCUGGUCGCGUCGCACGAGCUUGGACUACCAAGACCUGCAGACCAUCCUGCUCGAGACACCCGACGCAGGCAAGGCGCGCGAAUGGAGCGAAUACUACACGAGUGGGCCGCAUCUGGCGGGGAAGAACCUGACGCAGGCGCUGUGGACGAAGGAGCGGUGGCAGGAGUUUGGCAUUGAGAGCACCAUCGUCGAUUACGACGUGUACAUCAACUACCCCAAGAGCCAUCGCCUGGCACUGCUCGAGAAGGACAGUGUCAAGUUCGAGGCCCGGCUGGAGGAGAAUGUGCUGAACGAGGACAAGGCGAGCCAAGCUGCGGACAGGAUACCGACCUUUCACGGCUACAGCGCGUCGGGCAAUGUCACCGGAGGCUACGUCUUCGUCAACUACGGCACAUAUCAGGACUUUGAGGACCUGAAGGCCGCGAAGGUGGACUUGAAGGGCAAGAUAGCGCUGGCCAAGUACGGUGGUGUUUUCCGUGGCCUGAAGGUCAAGCGUGCGCAGGAGCUUGGCAUGGUCGGUGUCGUCAUGUACACUGAUCCUGGUGAUGACGGUGAGGUUACCGAAAAGAACGGCAACAAGACUUAUCCAGACGGCCCAGCAAGGGAACCCAGCAGCGUCCAGAGGGGCAGCGUGCAGUUCUUGAGCUUCGCUCCUGGUGACCCUACGACUCCAGGCUACCCAUCCAAGCCAGGCGUUCCCCGUCUGCCUGUGGACCACGCCAUCCCCUCGAUCCCCUCCCUACCCAUAUCAUACGAAGAUGCUCUUCCGCUGCUCAAAGCUCUGAACGGACACGGCCCGAAGGCGUCAUCCUUCAGCAAGUCUUGGCACGGUGGUGGUCUCGACUACAAGGGCGUCGAAUACAACAUCGGUCCCUCUCCAGAAGGACUUACGCUGAAUCUCGUUAACGAACAGGAGUAUGUAACGACACCUCUAUGGAACGUGGUCGGCGUCAUCAACGGCACCAUUCCCGACGAAGUCAUCGUGCUCGGCAACCACCGCGAUGCCUGGAUUGCCGGCGGUGCAGGAGACCCCAACAGCGGUUCAGCAGCCUUCAACGAAGUCAUCCGAAGCUUCGGUCUCGCCCUCCAAGCAGGAUGGAAGCCGCUCAGAACUAUCGUCUUCGCCAGCUGGGACGGCGAAGAAUACGGCCUCGUCGGCAGCACCGAAUGGGUCGAAGAAUACCUCCCCUGGCUCGCCAACUCUGCAGUCGCCUACCUCAACGUCGACGUCGGCGCCCGCGGCCCCUCCUACAAGCUCUCCGCCGCGCCUCUCCUCAGCAAAGUCGUCCAAGACGUCCUGCUCCUCGUCAAAUCCCCCAACCAAACCAUCGCAGGCCAGUCCGUCUUUGACGUCUGGGACAAGCACAUCUCCACCAUGGGUUCCGGUUCCGACUUCACUGCCUUCCAGGACUUCGCCGGCAUUCCCUCCGUCGAUAUGGGAUUCGGCGAAGGACCGAAAGAUCCCGUGUACCACUACCACAGCAACUACGACUCUUUUGACUGGAUGGACCGCUUUGGCGACCCCGGGUUUCACUACCACGCCACCAUCGCACGCGUGUGGGCGCUCGUCGCUGCGAAGCUCGUCGAGACGCCUGUUCUGCAAUUAAGCACUACGGAUUAUGCGACGGGGUUGGACAAGUAUAUUGACUCUGUCAAGCAGAAAGCCAAAACUUCUGACUUUGUUUUGGAUGAGAAUGUUUUUGCGCCGCUGGACCACGCAGCCGCCCACUUCAAGUUCGCAUCCACAAUCCACGACGGCAUCGCCGCACAACUUCUCGACGAUUAUUAUCACGCUGAUAUCCCGUGGUGGAAGCCGUGGCUGCGCGUCCGUCUUCUCCUCGCUAUUCGCAAUGCCAACACGAAAUACAAGCUGUUGGAAAGGCAGUUCUUGCAUGCUGAGGGUCUGGACGAUAGACCAUGGUUCAAGCACGUCGUCUUCGCACCCGGAAAGUGGACGGGGUAUGCUGGUGCCACUUUCCCUGGCAUCGUCGAAGGUGUAGACGAGGAGGAUGAUGUGAAAGUGAGGAAAUGGGUGGGCAUUGCGGCGAAGAUUAUUGAUGGCGCUGCGGACUUUUUGGAGAAAGAGUAGGAUUAGGAUUCGAUUGUGGAGGGUCACUAUGUAGAAAUUGCAUGAUAGGCAUUCAGCGAUAUGGCGAUACGACACUGCAACAUAUUAUGGAUUGCG